AUGUCUACCGACGGCACUGAUCCUCACUUGGACAUCGAUUUCCACAACAACAUCGAAACCAGUAAGAGGAUCAGAAAGGAAGAAAACAAGGAAUUAACGACAGGAAAGUUUUCGAAAAUGAGUACUGACUCUGCAUACAGAAAAAAGAUAAUCAAUACGUUAUGUAUUUACACGUCUUUUAUUGCAAUGAGUCUUGCAAAAGGUCCUAUAGGCCCGUCUUUCCUCGAUCUACAGGCGAUAAGCGGUGUCGGACUUGAGAGCGGGUCGAGUUUGCUCACAACCCUGUACAUAGGGUAUAUGUUGAGCGCCAUUGUUAGUGGAUGUCUUUUUGAUAAAUUCCAUCGAUCACUGCUACUGUCCGCCGCCAUGUUUUUAUUAGCAUGUGCCACCGUAGCUAUACCCUGGUGUUCUAUGUAUUGGCUAAUGGUUAUAGCAUUCUUCUGCCUUGGUGCCAUGGUUGGAGCUACAGAUGCAAUUGCAAACGCCGAAGUCCAGCGUAUUUGGGGGAAAGACGGCAAACCAUUUAUGCAGGGUCUUCAAUUCAUGUAUUCGUUUGGAUUCUCCGUCGCACCACUUUUAACGAUCCUUUUCCUGGAGAUUCCAUCAAACAUCGACUUAUCUAAACUGCAUUAUCCAGAGCAAAAUCAUAACACAUCACUUACGAAUUACUCAACAAGUCUAAAUAAAACCGUUUUAUUACAAAACAGAUCGUCACAAAUCGCAAAUCACAGUCAAAUUUACGAGGAUUCCGCGUUUGUUAGGAGUCCUUAUAUUUACAAAGCGUUUAUUAUCGGAGGUUGUGUUAGUUUAUCUGCCUUUGUAAUCCUGCUUGUGUUUUACUGUACAUUUGAUAGACAGAAUAAAACAAACCAUAGGGAAACCGAGAGUACGACACCAGCCAAAUCAAGACUGCCCUUACGUCUAAGGGUUCUGGGCAUAUUACACAUGGCUGGGAUACAAGCAUUGCUUUCUGGAAUAGACGAUACAUUGAUGGCAUUUCUUACUGCGUUUUGUGUUAAAGAGCUAGACUGGACAAAGGCCGAGGGUGCAUUGUUGACGUCAGUGGGCAGUUUUGUGGCAGUUGCUGGCAGAUUCAUCGCAAUAUUUCUAGUUCAGGUAAUUUCUCCAAUAAAACUUGUUGGGUUUCACAGUGUGCUAACUCUUAUAGUAUUUAUCGGAUUCUACAUUAGUACAUUACAGAAAUCAAACAUUGGAAUAUGGAUAGUUUCGUCGUUGUUUGGAUAUGCAAAAGCUCCUGUUCUUGCUUGUGUGUUCUCUUGGACAGAUGAAGUCUUUCUGCCCGUGACUGGCCGAAUUUCUUCUAUAUUUCUGGUAUUUAUUACAGCCAACUCGGCUAGUAACCCGCUUAUUCUUGGCUUCUUCAUGGACAACUUCUCAAACAUGUGGUUUUGUUAUCUCUUUCUUGGUGAAAGUGUAUUGUUAGUUCUCGUGGUCGGCUCGGCAUUGUUACUGACGAGGCGGGUCAAGACAACCUACGGUACAAAUUAUGAAUCUCGAAGAGUAGAUAUCAAGGUAACUGAAGACCUUCUUGAUAAUUAGACUGCCUUUUGAAACAAUCUCGACAAGAGGCAAAAGAAAAAUAGAUGCUUGAUGCAACAGUGAUAUAUUUAAACAAACCGGAUUAUUAUACCUUAUCUACCUUACAUCGUGUCUGCCUGGAUUAUAUUGAUCACAAGCUAUGAUAAAUUGUUAGGUUGACCUUACGCACUCGGGCUUCAUUGAGUGCGUUUACCUCGUUGCGGUCAUUCAAAAAAUGAGCAAGAUGCUACAUAUCUGAGUUGAAAGUGACUAAAAAAGACGACGAAAAUGGUUACAAAUUUGUUCAAUUUUUUGAACAAUACCAUUUCAACAUUUGAACAUGGACGAUUGUUUUUUUCUUGAGGAAACAAAGAAUUUGUAUACAGCAAGGGCAUUGAAUGUAUAAUUAUUUUAAAGGGAGAUAUUAUUAGUCAAUUAUGCGUUGAAAGAUGUCCGAGAUAUCAGAACCUUCUUCAAAGGGGCUUAAACUAGUUCCAGUUCGUAUGGAUUUUUUUUGUGCAACGGGCAUCAAUGAAUCUCUAGAAUAUCAAAUUUAACAGGAAGGAGAUUAAGAUGUUUUUCUUAUACUGUUGUUAUAAACAUGUGCAAAUUUUACAGGAAUAAAUUGAGAGA